UGUUCUAAACCAUCAGUUUGAAUCACUUGUAUGUUAUUGUAUGAUGAUAACAUUUUGCCAAGAACUUUGGCAGGUGAAGACCAGGUCCUCCAAUAUUUCCACUGAACCAAUACGGAAUCCAGAUGAUAGUGAGAUUGAUUUCAUUCCGAUACUUCGUUCUGGUGCAUGGUCAGACAUUGGUAUCCGCCCCAGCAUGGAGGAUGUCUAUGUUUGUGCUGACAAUCUGAUGCUUGAUUAUGGGGUUAAGAAAUCCAACGAAGGACCUAAUGCAUUCUAUGGGGUUUUUGAUGGACAUGGAGGAAAGCAUGCCGCUGAUUUUGCAUGUUACCAUUUGCCAAGGUUCAUUGUUAAGGAUGAAGAUUUCCCUAUGAAGAUUGAGAGAGUUAUUGCAUCAGCAUUUCUGCAAACAGAUACUGCUUUUGCAGAAGCUUGUUCAUUAAAUGCUGAUCUUGCUUCUGGUACCACUGCUUUGGCAGUUGUUGUAGUUGGAAGGUUAGAGUUCUUAUAAUUCCUUAAAUAGGAACUUGGUGGAUGGGCUUUUGAAUCAUUUCAAUUCUAAAAUUCCUUAACUUUAGAAUAUGGCUUAUUGGAGGUCUAGCAUUAU